GUAGUUCACAAUCAGUUCCAUUGAGAAUUCGAUAUCAAAGCGAGGGGGUUGUUGAUUACCAAGGUGGCUGCAACCCCUCUUCCAACCGACUUACACUGCGAUGCGCCAGCUUACAAAUCGGCCAUCACAUCAUCUUCAGUCUUACGCACCUCAACUAAGAUACAUAACAUGGCUUCACUAUUAAACUCACAGCCCGAACUUUCUCACUUCUCAAUCGGAUAGUUUCCCUUCAAACCAUACUCACCAAACAACAUCAAACAAGCUUUCACAAUGGCACCCAUCAAAAUCGGCAUCAUCGGCCUCUCCUCAACCGCAACAACAGCAUGGGCAUCAAGCGCCCACGUCCCCUACCUCCUCUCCCCGCGCGGCCGCUCAAAAUACACAAUCACAGCCCUCUGCAACUCGAGCGUCGAAGCCGCCCAGCGCGCAGUGAGAGCCUACAACCUCCCCUCCUCCACAAAAGCAUACGGCAGCCCCGCCGACUUGGCCGCCGACCCGGACGUGGACCUCGUCGUCGUCUCGACGCGCGUGGAUCAGCACUACGACACAGCUCUGUCUAGCGUCGAGGCGGGGAAGAGUGUGUAUGUCGAGUGGCCUCUCGCGCAGGACGCGAAGCGCGCGGGCGAGCUGGCGGACGCGGCGAGGAGGAGCGGGGCGAGGACGGUGAUUGGGGUCCAGGGACGGUUUGCGCCGCCGCUGUUGAAGGUCAAGGAGAUUCUGGAGGAGGGGAAGAUCGGGAAGGUGUUGAGUAGUGAGGUGAGGGCAGCAGGUGGUUCGUUGGACCGGAAUGUGUUGCCGGCUGGGUUGAAGUACUUCACUCAGCGUGAGGUUGGGGGGAAUGUGAUUACCAUCGGCUUCGGUCACUUGUUCGACCAGGUCCAGCACGUCCUCGGCGAAGCAACAAUCCAGCACUCCCACACCCAAGUCCAACGCCCCGACGUCAAGAUCCGCGACCCGUCAACGCAACAAAUCAUCGAGACGGUCUCAAGCAACGUCCCAGAUCUCCUCGUCGCAACGGCAACCCUGUCCGCCUCAGACCUCGUCUCCGCCCAAGGCGCCACGUUCCUCGCGCGAUUCCGACGUGGCCAGCCCUUCCCCGGCGAGCCGCAGCUCUCGUGGACCAUUAAUGGUGAAAAGGGCGAGAUCCGGCUCACGUCGCAGAAGAGCGUGGCACUACAGGCCUUUGCGGACGUUGACGGGGUCAAGAUUGAGGUUCAUGAUUUUGAGAGCGGCGAGGUUGAGAGUGUGCCGUGGGCGUGGGAUGAGGAGUGGCAGGCGGGGUUGCCUGUGCCGGCGAGAUGUGUCGGGGCGGUGUAUGAGGCUUUUGCGGAGGGUGGCGGGUUGCCUGAUUUUGAGGAUGCUGUGAGGAGGCAUGAGCAGGUUGAUGGGAUUCUUUACAAGUCUGGGUGAGUGAGAUGGCUUACAUGACUGUGUACAGGCUUGGUGUUCACUAGGCAGAAACCAAAGCGAGGCACUUAUUUGAGUACCAUGAGAAAUACGAAUCUACUUUCCAUCAUUGCGACCAUCACGCA